AGCUUGCUUUGUCUUUUCCUUGACGAUUCCAUUGUUAAAAACAUACUAAUAGUCAUGGCAUCGACCUUUACAAACACGUCAUUAAAUCUUCCACAGUAGUCUACAGAAGUAGAGUACUAGAUGUAGAUGACAGAAAUAAACACUAUAUAUGAUGUAAACUAAUGGGGAUGAAGAAGAAGAAGUGAAGGCAAGUGACAAUGUCGGAGCUAAGAUUUCAGGAUCAGAGAUUGGCUUUUAUCUUUAAUAAUCAUGAUGUUAGCCCCGACUGCUUCACUUCUCAAUCUCACUAUCUGCAGCAUUUGGCAGGGUAUGAAUUUUGUGAAGCUUUUGGUGGUCCAGCUCCAGAUCUAAACAAAGCCGUGCUACACAAGAAUAGAAAAGUUCAAAAGGUGUACAACAGCGGGGCUGAGACAGUGGAUGAAAAUCUGACUUUAAAUUCAGCACGAAAGUCGUUCUCACAAGCUCUCAAAGAAUGUCAAGACCGACGGUCUAGGUCCGGAUCUCUAUUGAAGAAAUCAGAUAGGCGAAAAAAGUAUUUGCUAGAUCUAAACAAUGCUGUGAUUAACGCAAAACACUCUUCUUCUCCGCGUACUGGAGUCAUGAAGAACACAACUGUUACUAUGUGUGGAGCUGGUACAUUUCCUAGUCCUGGAACACCAAAUUAUCGGCAUUCCAGUGUUGGCAUUCAGAAAGGCUGGAGUUCGGAGCGUGUGCCAUUGUAUUCGGCUUCCAAUAAUUGGAGUCAACGCAAUACUGCAUUGUUGCCUAAUAAUACUGGAAGGGCAUUACCUUUCAAAUGGGAAGAUGCAGAGAGAUGGAUUUUUAGUCCAAUGUCAGGAUAUAGUUCUGUUCAGCAGCCACAGAGGCGGCCUAAAUCCAAAAGUGGACCUCUUAUUCGCCCUGGUCGUGCUUACUAUUCAUUUUAUGCUCCAGCACCUCCUGUUUUGAAGGGAGGAAAUGGCGGGGACUUAUUAGCCGACUCUCCAUUUUCAAGUGGAGUGAUGGCUACUGAUGGUUUGUCAAUUUGUACUGGAAGCAACUUAGGUGGUGGAAACUUUCCUACAAAUGUGGAGCCGUGCAUUGCAAGAUCAGCUACUGUACAUGGAUGUUCUGAACUGAUCGGUCUAUCAGCACUGUCGGAACCCCAAGAUGAGGCCAGUGGUGUUACGGAGGAUGCAGCCACUGGAGUGAUCUCAAGGAGGGAUAUGGCCACGCAGAUGAGCCCUGAAGAAAGUCUUCCUUCAUCUCCAUUGAGACAAUCAUCCUUUUCACACUCAACUCCAUCUGUGCUAUCAAUUGAAGAAUCACAGAGCCUCACUUCCUCCAAAGCACAAGUGAGAGAUGUGCCAGUUGAUGAACAGGUUACUGUGACCUCAUGGUCAAAAAGACUCGAAAUUGAAGACUGGAAACUGAAAGCUGGGGAAAUCCAUUCUUCAAGUUGGGAAGAUUCUGACACCACGAAGAGCAUCUCAAAGAUUAAGAGGGAAGAGGCCAAAAUUAGUGCGUGGGAGAACCUGCAAAAGGCAAAAGCAGAGGCAGCAGUAAGGAAACUAGAGAUGAAACUGGAGAAAAAGAGAUCGUCGUCUAUGGAUAAAAUUAUGAAAAAACUUAGAUCAGCACAAAGAAAGGCCAAAGAAAUGAGAAACUCAAUGUUAGCUAGCCAGGGAAGUGAAGUUGCAAAAUCUGCUGAUACGGCCUUGUCUUUCCAUCCGACUCGCCAACUAGGUUCUUUGAGUGGCUGCUUUACAUGCCAUGCAUCUUGAUAUUCUUUAAAUCUCUACUCCCAGUGUUAAUGAGCCUCCAUACAAGUGAACAGUCGGAUCAUCUAAUCUUUGAAGAUGUAAUCUGGUGGGUUGCAAAUGUGGUCUGUCAAGAUUAUAUGCGAAUUCAAGAUCUAAAGCCAGUCGGUUUAGAACAAUGGUGGACCUACAUUGGCAGUGUUGGAUGCUCAACACCCAUUGUUUUCGGACCCAAACACUAUUUAUUUUUUUCUGAAACUAGUAAUGCAUACAGAUCGAUUGACUGAUCACGCAAUCUGAUCAGUAGUAACCCAUCAAAGUAGUUGAGCAUCCAUGAUUUAAAAAUCCUAGCGCUGGUUCAGAUUGAAGUUAUACAUCUUAAAUGGUUUCUUUUGCAUAAAUAUAUAUACACAUAAAUAGUUCAAGCUGCAAGAUUCCUUAAGUCAUAUUCUUGGAUGAAUCUAUAUGUAAGAUAUUGGCAAGAAUUCUGUAACAAAUCUGUGUCACUUUGACUUGAUUUCUGAAGGCAGUUUUAAAAUCUGUUUGGACA